CCUCUCCCUCGAGGUCCCCCCCACCCCCGGGGAGAGAGAGCGCACGCGCUUCCCGCCGCCGCUACGCGCCCCGCUUCUCCCGCCCCUUGAGAAAGCGCACGCGCCUCCCGCCGGAGGGGUGCUCAGACUGCUACCGCCAACAUGGCCCCUCAGAUCGCCCUGCUCAGCGUCUCCGACAAGACAGGACUGGUGGAUUUCGCCAAACAUCUGCACGCGCUGGGUCUGACCCUGGUGGCCUCUGGAGGGACAGCCAAGGCCCUGAGAGACGCCAGGCUCAUGGUCAGAGAUGUUUCCGAACUGACAGGAUUGCCAGAAAUGUUAGGAGGACGUGUGAAAACACUGCAUCCUGCAGUACAUGCUGGAAUCUUGGCUCGUAAUUCUCCAGAAGAUAAAGCUGACAUGGAGAUAUUUGAUUUCAGUUUCAUAAGAGUUGUUGUCUGUAAUCUGUAUCCCUUCUUGAAGACUGUGGCUUCUCCAGAUGUAACUGUGGAAGAAGCUGUUGAACAAAUUGAUAUUGGUGGAGUAACCUUACUUAGAGCUGCUGCAAAAAACCAUGCUCGAGUGACAGUGGUGUGUGAACCAGGAGAUUAUGAAGCCGUGUCAACUGAGAUGUUAAACUCUGGUAACAAAGAUACUACUAUGGAGACUAGAAGGCAGCUAGCAGUAAAGGCCUUUACUCAUACUGCUCAGUAUGAUCAAGCGAUAUCAGAUUAUUUCAGAAAGGAGUAUAGUAAAGGAAUAUCUCAGAUUCCUUUAAGAUAUGGAAUGAACCCUCAUCAAAGCUCUGCACAGUUAUAUACAGUGAAGCCCAAACUUCCUCUUACAGUUCUGAAUGGAUCACCUGGGUUUAUAAACCUGUGUGAUGCCUUGAAUGCCUGGCAACUGGUAAAAGAACUCAGAGAAGCUUUAGGCAUUCCAGCAGCUACUUCCUUCAAGCAUGUCAGUCCAGCAGGUGCUGCUGUUGGAAUACCACUUAGUGAGGAAGAGGCUAAAGUUUGCAUGGUUCAUGAUCUCUACAAGAGCCUUACUCCAUUGUCAACUGCGUAUGCAAGAGCAAGAGGAGCUGAUAGAAUGUCAUCAUUCGGUGAUUUUGUUGCUAUAUCUGAUGUUUGUGAUGUAAUUACUGCUAAAAUCAUUUCCAGAGAGGUAUCUGAUGGUAUUAUUGCACCUGGAUAUGAAGAGGAAGCUUUGAAGAUUCUCUCCAAAAAGAAAAAUGGGAAUUACUGUAUACUUGAGAUGGACCCAUGUUACAAACCAGAUGAGGAUGAAAUUCGAACACUUUUUGGAUUAUAUUUAAGUCAGAAGAGGAAUAAUGGUGUUGUCGACAAGUCGUUAUUUAGCACUAUUGUUACAAAGCGGAAAGAUUUGCCUGAGUUUGCUGUCAGAGACCUCACUGUAGCUACUAUUGCUGUCAAGUAUACACAGUCCAAUUCAGUGUGCUAUGCUAAGAAUGGUCAGGUAAUUGGUAUUGGAGCAGGUCAGCAAUCCCGAAUACAUUGUACACGCCUUGCAGGAGAGAAAGCAAACAAUUGGUGGCUUAGACAUCACCCCCAAGUGCUUUCAAUGAAAUUUAAAGCUGGAAUAAAGAGAGCAGAAAUCUCUAAUGCUAUUGAUCAAUAUGUGACUGGCACCAUUGGUGAGGGUGAUGAUUUGGCCAAAUGGGAAGCAUUGUUUGAGGAAAUUCCUAAACUUUUAACUGAGGCAGAAAAGAAGGAAUGGAUUGAUUCAUUGAAACAAGUGUGUGUCAGCUCUGAUGCCUUUUUCCCUUUUAGGGAUAAUGUAGACAGGGCUAAAAGGAGUGGUGUAGAGUUCAUUGUGGCCCCUUCAGGUUCAGCUGCUGACCAGAUUGUGAUUGAGGCCUGUGAUGAGCUUGGAAUAACACUCAUUCAUACAAAUCUUCGACUGUUUCAUCAUUGAUUCUGAUGCAUACCAUUAUGGAUUAUUUGCAAAUCAUGAUCAUGUAUAUGAAAAAUUUUGAUGGAUACCUUUUAAAAACAAAUUUUAAUGCUUUAUCAUUCUUUGUUCUUUUUUAAAACUUUGAAAAAUUUAUAUUAAGAAAACUUUAUCAAAGAAAUGUAGAUUAUGGGAGUAAGUUUUAUAUAUAAUUUCAUCUUUGAGGAUAGAGCAGCUGCUGUUAUAUAAUCUUCUCUACCAUACAUCUUUAUGGAAGAAUAUGUUCCAUCUCAGUUCUUUGGAAAGCUGUCUAAGCAUACUUAUCUGAACACAGCCAAGAAAUAUGUAAAAAAGGUCUGAGCAGCAAAAAAGACAUGUAACAAACUGUAUUUUUCCUUUGGGUUCUUACUCAGAACUUGUUCUUUAUAUCCAAACAGAUGACAUGUUUGUAUGUAGAAUCAAUCACAGAUCUCACAUGUAAUGGAUGUGGUCUUUUGAUUUCUAAGCUCCCAGUAGGUUUGAGAAAAUUAGAAUCACCUGUAGAGAGGUUUAGCUUCCCAUUCAAAGAAAAAUUGCCAUUUUGAUAGCCAAUUCCUGUCUGUUGAGAUUACAGUUAAUGUCUCUGCACCCCCUUUUUUAAAGGCAGUGAGAAAAAUAUGGCCUAAGCUUACCAUUUGACAGGGCAACCACCAGUACGAAACUGAGAAUUGUCCCUGAAGAAUGAUUGUAUAUUCACUUCAAAAUAAAGUAUGAAAGCAGUAGUA